AUGUCCGUUCGCUUCUCCUCUGCAUCCAGACGGCUGGGCUCCGUGAGGCUUUCCGGCACUGGAGCAGCCUUGGGAGCUGGAAAUGCGUGCGGAGUGCCAGGCAUCGGAAGUGGUUUCUCUUGCGCCUUUGGAGGCAGUUCCUCGGCAGGAGGGCUCGGUGUGGGCAGUGCAUCUUGUGGGGCCUUUACGACGAACGAACAUGGCCUCCUGUCGGGCAAUGAGAAGGUGACCAUGCAGAACCUCAACGACCGCCUGGCCUCCUACCUGGAGAAUGUACAAGCACUAGAGGAGGCCAACGCCGACCUGGAGCAGAAGAUCAAGGACUGGUAUGAAAAAUUUGGACCUGGUUCAUGCCGUGGUCUCGAUCAUGACUACAGUAGAUACUUCCCCAUCAUUGAUGACCUCAGAUCCCAGAUCAUCUCCGCAACCGCAAACAACGCCAACAUCAUCCUGCAAAACGACAACGCAAGACUGACGGCUGAUGACUUCAGAAUGAAGUACGAAAGUGAACUGGCGCUUCACCAGAGUGUGGAUGCGGACAUCAAUGGCUUGCGAAGAGUCCUGGAUGAGCUGACCCUGUGCAGAACUGACCUCGAGGUCCAGCUGGAAACACUCACAGAGGAGCUGGCGUACCUCAAGAAGAACCACGAGGAGGAAAUGCAGGCUCUGCAGUGCGCAGCGGGAGGCAAUGUGAACGUGGAGAUGAACGCGGCCCCGGGUGUGGAUCUCACCGUCCUGCUGAACAACAUGCGAGCGGAGUACGAGGCCCUGGCUGAGCAAAACCGCAGGGACGCGGAGGCCUGGUUCCAGGAAAAGAGCGCCACCCUGCAGCAGCAGAUUUCAGACGAUGCUGGAGCCACCACCUCGGCCCGGAACGAACUUACUGAGAUGAAACGGACCCUCCAAACCCUGGAGAUAGAGCUGCAGUCCCUCUUGGCCAUGAAACACUCGCUGGAGUGCUCCCUGACCGAGACCGAGGGCAACUACUGCACACAGCUGGCUCAGAUCCAGGCUCAGAUCAGCGCCCUGGAGGAGCAGCUGCACCAGGUCAGGACCGAGACCGAGGGCCAGAAGCUGGAAUACGAGCAGCUUCUGAACGUCAAGGCCCACCUGGAGAAGGAGAUCGAGACCUACUGCCGCCUCAUCGACGGAGACGAGGGCUCUUGUGUUAAGUCAAAAGGCCCAGGAGGACCCGGAAAUCAGAUAAAGGAGCCAUCUAAAACCGCCAUCGUUAAAACUGUUGUUGAAGAAUUAGAUCCCCGUGGCAAGGUUCUCUCCUCCAGAAUUCAUACCCUGGAAGAAAAAUCUACCAAAGUCAACAAGAAUGAGCAAAGAAAGGAUGCCUUCUUGAACUCCACUGCUUAA